UAAAAAUAAAGCGCGCACCUUGCAGCAAAAAUCUUUUGUUUAUUUACCAUUUAUAGGGUGAUAAUUAAUGCAUUUUUAAUGGUAUAAAUUGCAUUUGACCAAAUGUCAACUCGUGGUUUGAAAUAUGAUUUUAUGGUAGGCGAGUUUGUAUUAUGUUUCGAGCCAGAUCCAACCAAAGCCAAAGUUUUAUACGAUGCAAAGGUUUUGGAUUUGCAGAGUUUGAGAGAUAAAGAUGGAAAGAAAAUACCCGGGUAUCAUAUUCACUUCCAGGGCUGGAAUAGCAGCUGGGAUAGAAUUGUUAGUGAAGAGUUUAUUUUAAAAGGAACAGAAGAAAAUCGUCUGUUAAUGAAAACGCUUGCAGAAACUGCCAAAAAAAAUCAGACGAAAGAUAACCGUAAGCGUAAAAUUGAUGAUAUUUUGAAGAGAGCUUUUGAUGGUGGUGAUUUAUCAUCAUCAGAUGGUGAUAGUUCUACAUCUAGGAAGGGUCUAGACAGUGACGAUGAGGAUGAUGAGGACGAAUCCAAGACAGAUGAUGAGAAUAGCCCAACAAAAGAGAGUCCUGAUGCAAUUUCGAAUGAUCCAACACUGCCACAACAACCUACCCAUUCACCCGUGGAUGUUGAAAUACCAGAAAUAUUAAAAACAAAAUUGGAAGAUGAUUUCUUUCUUAUUAAUCAUAAGGAAAAGUUAGUCAAGUUACCAGUCAGACCUAAUAUUAUAGAAAUAUUGGAAGGAUUUGUAAAGAGUUAUUGUUUAAAUAAUUUAUACGAUCAGCCAGAACGAGAUAAAUCACGCAGUAAUAGUUCCGACAGUUGGCAUUUUGCACCAGGCAGAUGGAUUCCUCUUUGUAAAGAAAUGGUUGAUGGUAUAAGAAUCUGUUUUGAUUUUACGUUACCUCUGAUAUUAUUAUAUGGUAAUGAAAGAGAUCAGUAUAAAGAUGCUGUACGGAAUAUAACAUAUCAUACAUUACAAGAACAAGAUAGAGUCUUAACCCCAACAGAUCAAAAUACAAAAAGACCAAGAAAAAUUUCUCCACAUCAACGCUUUUCUCACAACGUAGACCUUGAUUCCUCAUCUGAAGAUCUUACCCCUCGUAGAAUCACGCGGAAGUCCAUCACGGAAGAAACUCCCAGAUCGGCUCCCCGUGGACGGAAGCCUGGACCAAGGUCAAGGAGAGUUCAAAGUACGCCUGUGAAUCGGGACAUAGAAAUCAAAGUUGAACCGAACAGUGAUAAUGAAAUCAGCUUCAAUACAAGCGUACAAUUAUCCGGUGAUAUAUCCACUAAUAAACAUAUGACUGUGCGGAACGGCAACGGUUUGCAUCAUAAUCAUGAUAACAUGCAAGAUGGACGCUCAGACAUCAUGGACAGUCUGUUGUCAUGGCAACUGUUACCGACAGAGAUUCAGCUGAAAGAGCCAAUAAAGCCGUCUCAGAUCUAUGGGGUUCAUCAUUUACUUCGUCUAUUUGUAAAGCUUCCUAGUCUGGUCAACAGUAUGAAUUUAGAUGAAGGUAGAACACAGAUUUUAAUGAAGUUAGUUGACAGUUGUUUACAAUAUCUAGCGGAACGAGAAGAAAUAUUUCAUGAUGAAAUCUAUGUCGAUUCCUGACAUCAAUCAUCAGAGGUUUCAGCCAAUCAAACAUUUACAAGCUUAGGAUUAUCUUCAGUAUCGAUCAAUAGAAUGUACAUGUGUAAGGCAGAGGUGCUUUGAAUUUACUGCUUGGAUCGGUAUUGUCAGCUUGGAUGGAAAAAUCUUUCAGAUCUUUUAGUCCUUGUGUGAGGUCACCAUAGAUGGAGCUUCAAGUUUUAAUGGUCCUGUUACUCAACAGAGUUUAUUGUCAAAGAUGUCACCAUCUUGAAACAGAUUGACAAUAUCAAAAAUGUCUGCAAUCUUGAAACAGAUUGACAAUAUCAAAAAUGUCUGCCAUCUUGAAACAGAUUCAUAAAAAGCUAUUUCCAUCACUUCA